UUCUAUACACAGGUAAGGUACACAACCUGCUCCCCACGUACGUUGGAGAGAAACGUCACGGGCAGACCGAUUGUACCCAGAAGAAAAAAGAACAACUAGUGACCAUUCCCACGUUUAUUUGCUAAAUUAAGUUAGUUCCUAAAUAUUGAAUACUAAAAGCGUUUCUAAAGUGAACUCAACCCAAUUAUUAGUGAGAACCUAAUUGUAUUCCCUACAAUCUAGUGAACUAAUAAUAACCUACAAUUUGUUUACAUCUUAAUGCUACAUGCGAAGUACGGUAAAGGACUAGAACUAGGUGAAUAUUUCCAUAAUAGCUAGUACGAGCCAGAACGAGUGAUAUUAGUUCGACCAUUGUGAACCUGAUGACCCGCAAAUCUGCACAACGGGACUAAACGUAAGUCAUGGCAGGGCAAAAACAUUGAAUGAUCGAUAAACACAUGUGUAACAAAUAAGAUAAAAAAGAUGUAAAUUUUAACCCUAAAAUGCAUUCCAUUACAGGAAUAUAAUAAUAUCCACCUCAAACAUAAAGCCUAAUUCUACGGUCGUUUUGUGUGGUAUUGUUAUCUCGGAAAUCACCCCUCGUAAUUAGUUGGCAAAUUCCAACAUUUUAUUAUAUUCGUUUAAUUUAAUAACGAAUCUAAUCGGUCGCAUACGGUCAUGUCGAACAAAGCUCGGUCAAAUAAAGGCAGUAAUGCCGGCGGUAGUGAAAGUGGUGCAAUUGGUGGUGUUAGAGUGGUGGUCACCGACGAAACGGUAGAACCGGAGGCUUCAUUUCCUGGACGUUCGUGCCGAAUAUGCCGCGGAGAAGACAACGAGGAGAUGGUAAGAUGUGACAAGUGCCUUAAGUGGUCGCAUUUUGUCUGCGUUGGAGUGACUCAAGCCAUCGAAAGUGAACCGUGGAGCUGUGAAAACUGUAUGAAUCUGGUUCAAGCGCCUGAGAAGCAACCGAAUCCAAGCGACGGCGGUAACUCCCGCGGUGGAGCCAAGAAGAAACAGUACGUUGCAGUAGAAGGUGACCCUUCCAUCCAGCCAAGUGACCUGCUGACCCCGAAGUCGUCGAAUCCAGCCAAGACAGGACAACAGGAGCACAAGAAGGACGGAAAAAAGAAAUCGUUGAAAGGGAAAGGUCAGGAGUACAAACAAGUCCAUCAAGACCAACAGCAGUUGCCAGGAGGAGUAGAGAAGCCUGCGAAUGUUAUCGUCAAUACAGGCAUGCAGAAGGACCGCGAGCGAAUACUGGUGAAGCCACCAGGAAAGGCGAAUUCGGUGUUAUCGCACAAUAGUCGAGCGUCUAAUAGUUCACUCGCCAAGCUGAAGCUACAGAAGCUGGAAGAAGAACGGGCUUUGAACGAGAAACGUCUGGAGCAGGAGCGUGCUUACCUAGAAGAAAAGUACGAACUACUGGAGCAGAUCGCUAGCGAACGCGGAUCGGAUGCGAAUAGUGAAGUGGACAUAACGGAAGGAUGGCUUCCUCAAGCGCAAUCCAGUAACCACUCACAAUUGGCAGCUGAGCCCAUCGCUGAUCACCAAUCCUUUCAUCUCACCGUUAAUCCCCCUCGUUCAAUUCCGGACCUCGUUCAUCGUAACGUUGAUCUACCGCAACUCAUCUCUAAUCUCUCCGUCAACCAAGAUUACCGCCAUCCCAGUGAAAGCAACAACGAACUACGUGGCAUUCAUCGUGGCAUCCCGCAUCAAAUCAACCGCCUACCGGAGCGCGAGGAAGACAACUGCUUGCUAACCAAGAAACAGUUAGCGGCGCGCCAAGCAAUUUCCAAGGAUCUGCCCCAGUUUUCCGGCAAUCCUGAAGAUUGGCCUCUUUUUAUAGCGACGUUCAACAAUACAACGACCAUGUGCGGAUACACGAACGAUGAAAACAUUUUUCGGUUGCAGAGGAGUCUGCGGGGACGAGCCUUCGAAGCCGUGAAAAGCCGAUUGGUACACCCUUCGAACGUUCCCGGCGUGCUAAGGACUCUAAGAAUGAUGUUUGGACAGCCAGAAGCUAUUGUUCACACGCUUAUUGAGAAAAUUCACUCCCUGCCGGCCAUUAGAGAAGAAAGAUUGGAGACACUAGUAGACUUUGCCGUAAACGUGGAAAACUUUUGUGCGACCGUGGACGCCUGCGGACUGGAUGAAUACUUGUACAACACAACCCUCUUACAUCAGCUUGUUGGCAAGUUACCUCCAACAAUCAAGCUGAACUGGGCACAGUACAGGGUUUCCCUAACCGGAGUAAACUUAGCAGCUUUCAGUACCUGGAUUUACUCUCUCGCGGAGGCCGUUAGCACAUUGACUAUCCUGAGCAUCUCGAAUCCCAGACCGGUGCGAAGUGACAGAAGCGGAAUAAAGAAAGGGAAUGCAUUCGUAAACGCACACGUCGUUAGCAAUUCGUCAUCAUCGUUGACAGCUAAUGACCCUAGCGGAAAGGUUUUCACUCCUAGUGAGCAGUGCCUCGUUUGUGCAGGAACCUGCAGAACAAUUGAAAAAUGCAAGCGCUUCCUGGAACUUGGUCGGGAUUCACGUUGGGCUAUAAUACGAGAGUUUGCACUAUGUCGCCGUUGUCUCUGCCGUCACCAUGGCGUAUGCCGAGCCAAAUUAUGCGGUAAGAAUGGAUGUCAGUUCAAGCACCAUGCUUUGCUGCACAACGACCAAAAACAGCUAACAUCGCGUGCAUCAGAGAUGCCCUUAUCUCGCGCAAUAGCGCCUCCGAUAGUCGACAGCUCACAACCCCCCAGUACAGGAACCAAUUGUACAGCUUACGGUUGCCACACGCAUCAAGCCAAGUCAAGCGAUAUAUUGUUCCGCUACCUACCAGUAGUGCUGCGUGGGAAAAGCAGUUCGAUUCGUACUCAUGCAUUCCUUGACGACGGCUCCGAUUUGACGUUGCUCGACGAAGAGUUAGCCGAUGAAUUAGAACUGGGAGGCGCAGUUAAAUCACUGUGUCUGCAUUGGACCGGUGGUGCGCAGCGCCAAGAAGUUAAGUCAAGAGUUAUCGAGUUGGAGAUAGCCGGCGUACAACAAGGAUCCAAAAGUUUCACCAUCAGUGGCGUGCGUACAGUCAAUGAGCUUCUACUUCCGUACCAGACAAUGAGCAUUAAGGAGUUAUCAUCGUUGUACCCACACCUGAAAGGACUUCCGGUCGAUUCAUACUUCAACGUUCGACCACGGAUUCUAAUCGGGCUAAAGAACCAACAUCUCAGCCUUGCCCUCAAAUGCCGCGAAGGCAAGCCCAACGACCCUAUUGCUAUUAAGACGCGGCUAGGCUGGACGGUGUGUGGAGGAGGCAUUUCAGAAGCUGCAACCAGCCCAGUGCACUCCGUCUACCACAUCGGUUCCUGUGAGGAAUAUCACAAAGCAGAUGAGGAUCUACAUCAGGUUGUCAAAGAAUACUUUGCUAUCGAUAGCCUAGGAAUCAUGAAAACAAAUGAUGCAAUCCUCUCCGUCGACGAUCAACGAGCGCGAUCUCUUCUCCAAUCGCAAACCAAGUUCACAGGCGAACGCUACGAAACCAAGUUACUUUGGCGUUUCGAUACAAUUAGGCUGCCGGAUAGCAAAGCAAUGGCUCUGCGGCGGUUUCUGUGUCUCGAGAAACGCAUGCAGAAAGAUGAAAUGCUCGCUCAAACUUUGAGGGAGAAAAUGGCCGACUAUCUGAACAAAAGCUACAUACGGAAGCUAUCCAAUGAAGAGUUACGUCAAUCAUUUCCACGUGUUUGGUAUCUUCCAGUAUUCCCAGUGUCAAACCCAAAUAAGCCAGCAAAAGUGAGAAUCGUGUGGGACGCAGCUGCCAAAGCAUUCGGAACAUCGUUGAAUUCUGUUCUGCUGAAAGGUCCAGACCAUCUAUCUUCCUUGUUUUCUAUAUUGAUCCGUUUCCGUGAGCAUCACAUAGCCCUAACAGGUGACAUACGUGAAAUGUUUCACCAAGUGUUGAUCCGCAGUGAAGACCAACAAUGUCAGCGGUUCUACUGGAGAGACGAGAGCGGAACGAUAGCAAUAUACGUCAUGUGCGUCAUGACAUUCGGUGCUUGUUGCUCCCCUAGUAGCGCCCAUUAUGUAAUGACCUCGAAUGCAAAACGUUUUACCCAGGAUUAUCCCGCAGCCGUAGAGGUUAUUGAGAAGCAACACUACGUAGAUGAUAUGUUGGCGAGCGUGGAAACGGAAGAGCAAGCCAUCAAUCUCGCCCAGGACGUCAAGUUUGUGCACUCGCAGGGUGGGUUCGAAAUCCGUAACUGGACCAGCAAUUCGCAACGUGUCCUAAAAACUCUACGUGGAAGUAACGCCGAGGAAAAGAACCUAAACCUUUGUGUAGAAAUGGAGACUGAAAAGGUUUUGGGAAUGUGGUGGAGUACAGCUGAUGAUGCAUUCACCUUUAAAAUCAAUUGGAACCGCUACGAUCGAGACCUGUGGCGAGGAAGCCUCCACCCUACAAAACGAGAGGUUCUCCGGGUCCUAAUGACGAUCUUCGACCCCCUUGGACUCAUCGCGCCGCUCCUUAUGUUCUUGAAGAUUUUGCUGCAGGAAAUCUGGCGUAGUGGUAUUCAGUGGGACGAAAAGAUCGACAACAAUACCUUUGCUAAGUGGCGAAGCUGGCUGCAAAUCUUGCCUCAGGUUGAACAGGUUAAAAUACCUCGGUGCUUUCUCUCUCGAUCUGAAUCCGGGUAUAAUAAUGCACAAUUGCACACAUUCGUUGAUUCGAGCGAAAACGGUAUGGCUGCAGCGUGCUACCUACGCAUCAUACAUAAUGAAUCAGUUCAAUGUUGUUUGAUCGCCGCCAAAACAAGAGUCGCUCCCUUAAAAUAUCUAUCGAUUCCUCGGCUCGAGCUCAUGGCUGCAGUUAUUGGUACAAGACUUUCCCAGGCGGUCCUUAAUUCUCUGUCUUUCACUGUAAGCAAGCGGAUCUAUCAUACAGAUUCCAGAGAUGUAAUUUGCUGGAUAAACUCGGAUCAUCGGCGGUAUACUCCAUUUGUCGCCUGCCGAGUCAGCGAGAUUCUGGAAACAACAAAUCAAAACCAAUGGCGUUGGGUUCCGACAAAGAUGAACGUCGCCGACGACGGCACGAAAUGGGAGAAGCUCCCAGACAUGACCCCUGAUUCCAGAUGGUUCAACGGUCCGGACUUUCUACGGAAACGAGAAGAAACUUGGCCGUGUCAAUUUGCAAAAGAUAGCACGACAGAUACCGAACUGCGACCCUGUGUGCUAACCCACUUUACCGUGUCAGAUCCAGUAAUCAACGUCUCCAGCUGGAAACGAAUGACCAAAAUAGCUGCAUUUAUUUAUCGCUUCGCAACAAACUGUCGCCUGAAGAUUGACAAAAUCCCAAUCCGCUGCGGACCAUUGUCCACGGACGAAACGCAGGCUGCUGAACGCUACUUGAUAUGCCAAGCCCAACGAGAGGCUUACCCGGACGAGAUAGCUGCAUUACAUAAAGCCGCAAACAUUCCCAAGAAUAGCUCACUGUUUAAGCUGACCCCAUGGAUAGACAACCAAGGAUUGAUGAGGAUGCGCGGAAGAAUUAGUGCCUGUGCUUCGGCCAUCGAAGAGGCCAAGAACCCGAUAAUCCUACCACAUAUUCCAUACCUCGACUACGAGCGACCUAUGCAAAGGUACGUCAUGACUGUCAACAGUGCAAGAAUCUCCGUGCUGCUCCACAGCCACCUAUAA